AUGGAGCUCAGCCAAUAUGAUCCCAACGUCAAGCCUGAUGAAGAUGGCAAGAAUCCCAAGCAGGAGAUAAUCUUGGAAAUGAAUGAUGGCAACCAGGACAACGAUGCAUCAUCGGUAACAGCUGGUAUCCAACCGUUGCCGCUCCCCCAGACAAACGAUACUUUGGUUGCUGAUGGUUGUCCAGGUGCCUUUGCCGUUCAAUCCUUUCGUUCCCGCCCCGCCGCCUCUGGCACCGACGGUUUCCCUGCUUUAGCCGCCCAUGCCACUGCGACGGACACAACUAUGGAAAGUGAUGGGAACAACACUCAAGAUCAAGAUCACCACCUGGUGGAAGCUCAUGUAGUUGUCGACAUGGAGGUGGAGGACAACACUCCUGAUGCGGCAACUUCUCCUGCAACCACUAGCAAUGACUCCGAUAUCGUAGUGGUCGCAGAGGAGAUUGUUGCUGGCAAAAAGGCCAAGCAAGAUGAGAUUUUGUCUACUGGCUGCUCACGUAACACUACUGGUACUCGAGUUGCAUGGCUAGCUGUUGGACUGACAAUCAUACUGGCUCUAGUGACUACAAUUGUGGUCUUGCUCUUUAUGAUGAUGCAGAGUAAUGCCGACACCAGGAAAACGAACGAUGGGCCAGUCGAGGAUCUUGUGUUGGUCAACAAUAACACCAUCCUAAACUCAACCUCAAAUGCUUCCCAAGAAGAGACAUGCUUCCAGUCCUCACAAGAUCUACAUGAUGCCAUUGAUGCCUACAUCGCUGAUGACAGUCCCAAUUCGAGUAUCUCAGAACAUUAUGGAUGGCCCAUUGGUACGUGGUGCGUCACUAAGCUUCGAAGAUUUUCAUUUGCCUUUCAGAUAGGUAGAAUGCGAGACCCCAAUCUCAAUGCGGAUCAAGCAAACCAUAUCACUGAACAGGCUGCUAAAUGGUCUCCUGCCAUUGGGGGGUGGGACAUGUCCCAUGCACAAGACAUGGAAGAAACAUUCCGUGGGGUUCAGAAUCUGUCGUCUGCAUGGGGAAUCCAUCAUUGGAACAUGACUGCCAUGGUGAGCUUGAAGGCUAUGUUCAUGUCCACUCGAUGGAGCCAAGAGGAUCCACUGGAUUUGAGCUCCUGGGAUGUUUCCAAUGUUCAGUCCUUCAAUCAGUUGUUUCGAAAAAGCAAUGUGCAACAACAAGCAAAUAUCUCCAAUUGGAACACUGCCAAGCUAGUCAAUAUUGGCCAGUUUGCCGACCGUGCCACUCAAUUCAAUGAAGAUCUGUCAGCAUGGGAUACCCGAAAGCUCAAGACUCUUCACAAGGCAUUCGAAGACGCUCGCAGCUUUGACCAAGAUCUCUCCCGAUGGCAGGUUGGUUCCCUCACCAACAUGAACAGUGCCUUUGAAGAAGCUGCCAAAUUCAACAGUCCCUUGAAUACAUGGGAUGUCUCUCGAGUCCAGUCGAUGGUGCAGACAUUUGAAGAAGCAAAACAAUUCAAUCAAGAUAUUUCUGGUUGGAAUGUAUCGUCUGUCACGGAUCUCAGCUUUGCCUUUAAGAAUGCGUCCAACUUUUCUCAAAAUCUCUGUUCCUGGGUGUCAUUGUUGCCAGCCAACGUUUCCGUGAAACAAAUGUUCCGGCACACCAAUUGUCCCAAUACUUCUGAUCCUGUCCUGUCGGAGGGUGGCCCCUUUUGCUUCAAUUGUGGCUAA